AUGGGACGAGACCGAAGUAAGUCGCUUGUCAAGCGUAUAGCCUCGGAUAUACCGUCCUUCAAUGAUGGAAAACUUGAUUUGGGACUGAUCUCUCUGUUGGCUCCACCGCUGGUGAGCUCUAGUCGUCCACGGUCAAAAUCGGUCGACGAUGUGAAAUUGAAAAACAACCAAAAUAAUGAAAAAAACAAGAUCGGAACAGCUGAAAGACGCGAUCAUGUGCUCUACCCGUUCAGCAGUGCCGAAUACAACCAAUUGUGGUCGGGUUACAUCGAUACUUAUACAUAUAACUCGAUCUUGACAAAUGAGGAUAUCGAAAAUAUCGGCCAGUUGCCGAUCGAUCUGGCUCUAAACUUCCAGCAUAACUGCCAGCUCAACAGUGAGGCCAUUGAGGACUUGAUCCGCGACACAGACGCGAUUUUGGCUGUUCUUGAUCGACUUGUAGACCAGUACAAUAAGGUGGACCGAGACACCAGUGAUUUUGCAAAGCAGUCCCAGCGUCUCUUGGAAGAGCAAAAAAGAGCCGAGGAGACCUCCAGCGAAAUUUCAGAAGCACUUCUGGUUUUCGAGGCUUCUGAGUGGAUAACAAAGGUGCUCAGUAGUCCUGGGAUCAAUUUGGUGAAGAAAAGACUGUUCAAAGAAGCUAUGGCAAAGUUGGAUUCUUGUAUCGAGUUUGUGGACACGCACCCAAACUACAAGGAUAUAGACACAUAUCGAGCCAGAUUCAGACAGUGUAUGACUAGGGCUCUCACGUUGAUUCGCAACUACUUGAUUGAAGAUAUAAAGUCCACGGCUGCUUUAUCUGAGUCGACAAAGACUGAAACUUCGCUGAUGGAAGUAACGGUCUACAGCGACUUCAAGAACCAUGCCAACCGUCACAAUGGAGAAUUUUAUUCGUUCCACAACUUGAUUGUGGAAAUUGAAAAGAGAUACAAAACGCAUCCAGAAUACGAAGGUCUUUUGUCCGACGUUCUGUCCCAAUAUUUCAGAGUGAGGUCCAAUCUCGUUGCUUCCUACAUCAACCAGAAUGUCGAAACAUUAUCAAAAAAGUACACGGGAGAAAAAGAUUUGGUGCAAUUAUGCCAGAACAAUAUAUCUUUCUUCAAGCGGGUCAUCGAGAGAGAACAUGGACUUUUCUGUCAAUACUUUUCUGGAAGUGCUUCCCUGCCUGUGGCACAUCACUAUGAGGGCCAGCUCUAUGAAUGGUAUAAAGAUUUAUUAGAACCUCUUUACGAUACGCUUCGUGAUCGCAUAAUUCGUGCCGUUUCAAUCUCAGAGCUCUGCCUGUUGAUGACGUUACUCCAAAAAUACUACGAGUUUGAAGACCCAGAAGGAAGUAUGGGUGGCUCUGUAGUGGGUUCCGUGGUCGGUUCAACUGUUGGGUCGAUCAGCUCUGAUGUCCCAAUUGAUUAUGGACAGCUUUUCGAACCAAUUGUUGCAGAUGUUCAGUCAAGAUUAAUUUUCAGAGUUCAGCGGUUCGUCGACGACAACAUCAUCAACUAUAAGCCCCGUCCCAAGGACUUGCAAAUUGGCUCGACAAAGGUAAAUGUCACCCACCAGGACGAUGAAGUCAAUCUCUUUCCACAAAUGUACUUGCCAGUGGGAAAAGCAUUGACUGUACUUUCGAGCAUCUACGACUUGAUAAACCUGGCGGUGUUUGACGACCUAGCACACUACAUUGUUCACAGCUGCAUACAAAUUCUCCAGACAAGUGGAUACAAACUUGCAGAAUCGCAUUUAGGAAGUCUCGAUGCCAAGCUAUACUACUUGAAAAACCUCAUGCUUGUCCAGCACCAGCUUAACAAUUUCGACAUCCAGCAUGUUCGAACAGAAACAGCAUUGGAUUUUACCAGCGGUUUAAGUGAAAUCCUCAAUCAAGUUCGCCAUGGCGAUUUCAUGGUAAACUACACCAAACUGGGUGGCUUUAUUGAGCUUGCCAGGCGCUCAGCACCACGAGUGGUUAACAACAUGAUCGAUGCCAAAUAUGAAAUCGAUAGUGAGUUGAAUAAUGCCGUUCAAGACUUCAUUGGACAAUGUGUCAAGCAGAUAUCGAAACCCAUUUUGGCACAAGAUGCAGUCAAAACUCCACUAAAAGCAACGUCAGACUUCAGGGACUUGCUUCUCACGGAAAUCCCUCGCUACUAUCGGGACAUCCAGCUUUCAUUCUCCGAUUCCAACGUCACAAAGUACCUCAUGGAAAAUAUGGAAUCGGUGCUAUUGACGACAUAUACCGAGUAUUACCAUCGAUUGGAACAGAUAGUGACGCUGGCGGAUCUAGACGCUUCUGCUAGCGACAAGCUUCGGCUGGAUAUGACCGAAGUUAUGGAGCCGGACACAUUGGUUGGAUUUCUCACCGACUUGGUAGCAAACCUAUAUGACAAAGAACUGGAGCUGGGACAAGUGGACGAAAAGCUUCUCGAGCAGAUCGAAAACGACUUGAAUAUUGAGGAAGGGAACGAGUAA